GAUUAGUCUUUAAAAUCAUGGAUUUCACGAUGUUUCCUAAUGUGAUCCUUGACUUCUCUUUCGCGGAAGCGAUUUUUCUUUCCAUUUUCCGUUUCUGUUUUGCGGUCACUCUAAAACACGGUCGUUGCGAUCUGAAGGAGUAUUUCAAAGCGCGUCUUUCUUCGUGUUCUCUCUUUUCUAAUAAUUACUAAGAAAAUUUAGGAGCUUCUCUAGUUCAACAGGAAUGCAGAAUGUCAGAAGAUUUUUUUUUCCAUGAGAUGUGAAUAGAGUUUGAAUUAAUCGCAAUUUGCAUUAAUUCCUUUAUUCGAAGCAUCCACAGUCGCAAGCCCCGGUGCAAAUCUAAGACACAGGACCAUGUAUGAAUGAAAACAGUGUGCCAUGAAAUAGAUGUGUGACUGCCAGGGUCGAGGACCCUUUGUUGCUCUGGCUCCUGGCACCUGCUGCAAAGUGACCACAAUGUCCCGGGUAUCAGCGUUCCCUCAGCUGCCUCACCUGGACCAUCCUCUAUACCCCUGCUGCUGAUAGCAUGGCCCUGAGUGUCAAGUCCUCCUAAAAGCCCCAAUGGAGCAGGAUGUGGAGAGCUCAGUCUCCGCCAGGCGGCCCAAGCUUCCCAAACAGGCCAGAGAGGACCUGCCCAAGCAGCUGGUGGACAAGAACAGGGCCAAAAGGAAGGUCCAGAGGUACGUGCGCAAGGACGGCAAGUGCAACGUUCACCACGGGAACGUGCGGGAGACCUACCGCUACCUGACGGACAUCUUCACCACGCUGGUGGACCUCAAGUGGAGGUUCAACCUCUUCAUCUUCGUCCUGGUCUACACCGUGACGUGGCUCUUCUUCGGCUUCAUGUGGUGGCUGAUAGCCUACAUCCGGGGCGACCUGGACCACGUGGGCGACAACCAGUGGACCCCGUGCGUCAACAACCUCAACAGCUUCGUCUCCGCCUUCCUGUUCUCCAUAGAGACGGAGACGACCAUCGGCUACGGCUACAGGGUGAUCACGGACAAGUGCCCCGAGGGCAUCCUGCUGCUGCUGGUGCAGUCGGUGCUGGGCUCCAUCGUCAACGCCUUCAUGGUGGGCUGCAUGUUCGUCAAGAUCUCGCAGCCCAAGAAGCGGGCAGAGACGCUGGUGUUCUCCACCAACGCUGUCAUCUCCAUGCGCGACGGCCGGUUGUGCCUCAUGUUCAGGGUCGGGGACCUGCGGAACUCGCACAUCGUGGAGGCCUCCAUCCGGGCCAAGCUCAUCAAGUCCAAGCAGACCAAGGAAGGGGAGUUCAUCCCCCUCAACCAGACGGACAUCAACGUGGGCUACGACACCGGCGAUGACCGCCUCUUCCUGGUGUCCCCACUCAUCAUCUGCCAUGAGAUCAACCAGCAGAGCCCCUUCUGGGAGAUCUCCAAGGCCCACCUGGCCAAGGAGGAGCUGGAGAUCGUGGUCAUUCUGGAGGGCAUGGUAGAAGCCACAGGAAUGACCUGCCAGGCACGGAGCUCCUAUGUGGCCAGUGAGAUCAUGUGGGGCUACCGCUUCACGCCGGUGCUGACGCUGGAGGAUGGUUUCUACGAGGUGGACUACAACAGCUUCCAUGAGGUGUACGAAACCAACACUCCCACCUGCAGCGCCCGGGAGCUGGCAGAGAUGGCCGCCUGGUCGCUGGCUGGCAAGCUGAGCCAGCCCGCCCUUCCGGAGAUUGAGAAGCGCGACCCGGAGACGGACGCGCCCGACACCCACGAUACCGAGGAGCAGGCAGAGAGGAACGGUGACAUCGCCAAUGUGGAGUCCAAAGUGUAG